AUGUCGCCUUCGGCCUUGCUCUUCCUGCUCGCCGCCCACCUCGCCGCCGGCGAGGCCACGGCCACCUCCACCACGACCCUCACAGCCACCCCGGCGACGCUGACCAAACCAGACCACCACGCAGUGACCCUGCAAUGGUCCAACCUCCCCAACCCGGGCCCGCUCGACUACGUGGCCGUCUACUCCCCGCCGACCUCCGGCGACCUCGAUUACCUCGGCUUCCUCCUCCUCAACUCCUCCGCCUCCUGGGCCACGGGCGCCGGCAGCCUUGCGCUCCCGCGCCUGCCCGACCUGCGCGCCCCCUACCAGUUCCGCCUCUUCCGGGGCUCGCCGGGCCAGAACCCGCGCGUUGACCAGGACGGCGACCCGCUCCCGGACGCCAGCCGCCGCGCCGCCGUCUCGGGCGACGUGGCCCGCGAGGGAUCCGGUGCCCGGCCCGCCCAGCUGCACCUGGCGUUCACCGACGAGGCGGACGAGAUGAGGGUGCUGUUCGUGUGCGGCGACGGCGGGAGGAGGUCCGUCAGGUACGGGCCCGCCGGCCGGCGCGAGGAGGAGUGGGAGGAGGCGCCGGCGGUGGCGAGCACGUACGAGCGGCGCCACAUGUGCGGCCACCCGGCGAACCACAGCGUCGGGUGGCGCCACCCCGGGUUCGUCUUCGACGGCGUCAUGAAGGCGCUGCGGCCUGGGACACGGUACUCCUACAAGGUUGGCAACGAUUCAGGGGGUUGGAGUGAGACACACAGCUUCAUCUCACGCGACGCCGAGGCCAACGAGACCAUCGCAUUCCUCUUCGGCGAUCUGGGCACCUACGUCCCUUACAACACCUACUUCCGAACACCUCAAGAAAGUCUGUCAACCGUGAAAUGGAUCCUCCGCGAUCUCCAAGUUCUCAACGACAAACCGGCAAUCAUUUCCCACAUCGGCGACAUCAGCUACGCCAAAGGUUACGCAUGGUUAUGGGAUCAUUUCUUCGAGCAGAUCGAGCCCAUCGCUGCCAGCACACCAUACCACGUCUGCAUUGGAAACCACGAGUAUGACUGGCCUUCCCAGCCCUGGAAACCCUCCUGGGCAGCAAACGUGUACAACGGGAAGGACGGCGGCGGCGAAUGCGGAGUGCCAUACAGCAAGUUCAGAAUGCCCGGGAAUUCAUCCCUCCCUACCGGCACCGGCGCCCCCGACACCCGGAACCUCUACUACUCCAUUGAUGCAGGUGUUGUGCAUUUCGUCUACAUGUCUACCGAAACAGAUUUUACCCGUGGCAGUGAUCAGUACAACUACAUAAAGGCUGACCUCGAGCGCGUGAACCGGAGCCGAACGCCGUUCGUCGUGUUCCAGGGCCACCGGCCGAUGUACACCUCGAGCAAUGAGACGAAGGACACGGUUCACAGGGAGCAGAUGAUCCAGCACCUGGAGCCCCUCUUUGUGGAUCACGGCGUGACGCUCGCUCUGUGGGGGCACAUUCACAGGUAUGAGAGGUUCUGCCCCAUGAAGAAGUAUCAGUGCCUCAACACGUCGUCGAGCUUCGUGUACCCUGGUGCCCCUGUGCAUGUCGUGAUCGGGAUGGCCGGGCAGGACUUCCAGCCGAGCUGGGAGCCGAGGCCUGACCACCCUGACGUCCCCAUAUUCCCUCAGCCGCAGCGGUCCAUGUACCGUGGCAGCGAGUUCGGGUACGCGAAGCUUGUGGCCACAAGGGAGAGGUUGACACUGAUGUACGUUGGGAACCAUGAUGGGCAAGUCCAUGAUAUGGUCGAAAUACUGUCGCCGCAAGUCGGUACCCCCGGCGGUGCGCCUGGUAAGUUGGUCGGUGCGAUGCCGGAGAAGAUGAGGUACUUGGGAGUUGCCGGCGGCGUGGUGCUUGCGAUGCUGCUCGGUUUCAUGGCUGGCUUUGCUGUUAGAAAGAAGAAGAAGGCGGAGUCUGCAGGAUGGAGUCGUGUCCAAGAAGAGGAGUCCUAG